AUGUCUCCUACUCAUGGCACCAGUGCUGCCCACCGAGUCAAAUCGAGCAUGGUGCAGAAUGCGCUCACCCUCCUCAUUGCUGGCCAUGAAACAACUUCCGGCAUGUCCAGCUUUCUGUUUAUCAUGCUUCUGAAGAAGCCCCGUGCCCUCAAAGCGGCUCAGAACGAAGUCGACAAAGUCAUCGGUACCGGUCCCAUAACCAUAGAUCACCUGAACAAGCCCCCUUACAUCGCCGCGUGCAUGCGAGAGACGCUCCAGCUCUGGCCCACAGCCCUGGAAUCCGCCUCGAGCCAGUGA